ACGCCAGCGGUCAAAGCAACCAAGUAUUUUUGUGAAAAUUAUAGACGACAGCCAAUUCCGACAUGAAAGGCGACAAGCAGGGACUCUUUAGCGAUCCGGCGCUGGAGCGCCACUUCACUGGCCACGCGGGCGGCAUUACGCAGCUGCGCUUCAGCCCAGAGGGCACGCAGAUCGCCACCUCGUCAUCGGACUCCUCCGUGAUCCUGUGGAAUCUAAACCAGGCAGCCCGCUGCAUUCGUUUCGGCUCGCACUCGUCGGCCGUGAAUGGUGUAGCCUGGUCGCCCACGGGCAACCUGGUGGCCUCCGCCGGCCACGAUCGCACCGUCAAGAUUUGGGAACCAAAGGUGCGCGGCGUCUCGGGAGAAUUUGUGGCACACAGCAAGCCGGUGCGAAGCGUGGACUUUGAUAAUACAGGACACUUGAUGCUGACCGCCUCCGACGACAAGUCCGUGAAGCUGUGGCGCGUCCAUCGGCGCCAGUUCAUGGCCUCCUUUUCCCAGCAGACCAACUGGGUGCGCUCGGCCAAGUUCAGUCCGAAUGGGAAGCUGGUGGCCACCGUCAGUGACGACAAGUCACUCCGCAUAUACGAUAUAGAGAGCGGCGAAUGUGUGCGCACAUUCACCGAGGAGCGAGCUGCCCCGCGUCAGGUGGCCUGGCAUCCAUGGGGCAACAUGGUGGCCGUCGCCCUUGGCUGUAACCGCAUUAAGAUCUUUGAUGUGUCCGCUAGCCAGUUACUGCAGCUUUAUGUGGUGCACUCGGCGCCGGUCAACGAUGUGGCCUUCCAUCCGAGCGGACACUUCUUGCUCUCUGGCAGCGAUGACUGCACCAUCCGCAUCCUGGACCUGCUUGAGGGCAGACCCAUCUACACACUUAAAGGCCACACGGACGCAGUGAAUGCGGUGGCCUUCACCCGAGAUGGAGACAAGUUUGCCACUGGCGGUAACGAUCGCCAGCUCCUGGUGUGGCAGUCAAACCUACAUACAUACGAUGCCUCGCAGUUUGAAGCCAAGUCUGCCAUGGCCUCCUCCGGCUGUGACACUAGCGCCGCAUCCUCCUCCUCAAAGCAGAGCCUGCUCAGCGGCACCUCGAAGUCCAAUGAUCUAAGCAUACGCAUCGAUCCUCGCCAGUCGCUGGCCUAUCAGCUGUCGGACGAUAAUUUCCAGGUGGUGGACGUGUCUCUGGAGUCCGGUUCGGAAUCCUGUUCGUGCUCGGCGCAGUUGGACGAGAUAACCAAGCUGCUAGAACUGAUCGAUGAGCGUGUGCGGCGUUUAGAGGGCAUAUACUCUUUGUAGCUAAUUAAGUACGUUUAUACACUAGUAUUUAACCCUAUUUUGAUGAUGGUUUUGGGAUAUAUGCCAUACUUAAAAGA